CGCGCACUAUUACGAGAAGAUGUCAGCUGAGCGCUGAUGAUGAUGGUAAACAACGUUGGAAGAAAUGACUCAGCUGACAUAUUCCUACCUUGGACAAUCAUAACAAAUUAAGGAUAUUACCACAAUACCAGUGUGAUAAAGGGCAUUUAGGAUUCAGUCAGACUCCACUGCUGCCCAUUUGUUAGUUAAAGUAUCCAUCUGUGGUAACAGUGGCUAGUCUGAGUGCACCAUGGCCAAGUUCAAGGCUCAGAUGCUAUGGGACAACAUUGAGAAGGGGGACCUGUCUGCUGUACACGGACUGCUGGAGAGUGGAAACAUCAACCUGGAGGAGAGGGAUGAGAAUGGUCAGACAUACCUGAUGCUGGCUAGUGAGAAGGGGGAACUACACAUUGUGCGAGAACUACUGGAUGCAGGAGUAGACCCUAAUGCUGUUGAUAAUGACAACUGGAGUGCGUUGCUGUGUGCUGCCAAAGAGGGGCACCUGGAGAUUGUCAUAGUUCUUCUGGAGAAGAAGGCUUCCAUAGAACACCGAGACAUGUGUGGGUGGACAGCCCUGAUGUGGGCCAGCUACAAGGGACACUCCAUGGUGGUACAGGAACUCCUAGACAGGGGGUCUAAUGCUAAUGUGAAGGCAGAGCACAACAUGACAUGUCUGGCCUGGGCCAGCGGCAGAGGUCAUACUGAGGUCGUCAAGAAACUGCUAGAAUGUGGUGCCAAGGUCAAUGCCACUGACAAGUAUGGAACAACGCCACUCAUCUGGGCUUCCAGGAAGGGAUAUCUUGAGAUAACAGAAUGUCUGCUAGCAGAAGGUGCCAAUGUGGAUUCAUCAGGAAUGAACUCAUGGACACCACUGCUUGUAGCUACUCAAGGUGGCUUCCUGGACGUUGUGCGUGCUAUUCUGGAACACGACCCCAAUGUGAAUGCAGUGGACAAGGAUGCUCUCACAGCUCUGGCUAUUGCUGCCAAGGAGGGGUUUGUGGAUAUCGUACAUGAUCUCAUGACGAAGGGAGCCUAUGUGAAUGUAGCAGAUCGGGCUGGAGACACGGUGCUCAUCCACGCUGUCAAGGGGGGUCACUCGGAGGUGGUGCGCAUUCUGCUGCAGAAGUAUGCUGACGUUGAUGUCGAAGGAUCGGAGGGGAAGACAGCACUGUACUGGUCAGUGGAGAAAGGUCACACUGACAUUGUCAAUCAGCUCCUGGAGAGUCAGCCUGACCUGGAGAUCAGCACAAAGGAUGGAGAUACCCCACUAUUGAGAGCUGUCCGUAACCGGAAUGAAGAGAUUGUCAAGCUACUUCUGAAUAAGGGAUCUAAGGUGUCGGCCACUGACAAGAGAGGUGACACAGCUCUGCACAUUGCCAUCCGUGCAAGGAGCAAGCGUAUCACUGAGCUCCUUCUGCGGAAUCCCCGUAAUGGCCGCCUCCUGUACCGGGCCAACAAGUCCGGGGAGACACCAUACAACAUGGACACCUACCACCAACGAGGCAUCCUUACCCAGAUCUUGGGACAGAGGAAUCUGAAUGCCACUGAUGCUGAGAAUCUGUUGGGUUAUGAGAUCUACAGCAGCGCCCUGGCCGACAUCCUCAGUGAGCCAGGGCUUGUCACCCCCAUCACCGCCGGCCUGUACGCCAAGUGGGGCAGCGGCAAGUCCUUCCUUCUUGGCAGGCUGAGAGGUGAGAUGAAGUCAUUCACGAUGCAGAAUGUCCAGGAGCCUUUCACAUUCAACUGGGUUUUAUUCAUCAUACUGUUCCUGAUCAACGCCACCAUUGGGGAAGUGUUAGGUCUGGCAGUGAGGUUCGAGGUUGGCCUUGGAGUGGGGCUUGGACUCUUCCCACUGGAGUAUGGAUUUCUGGGUAUCUUGAACAUCUGUGCCCAGAGGUACGACAUGAACCUUGCUGUAAGUCUGAGUCAGGCCCUGGGGGAGAAGCAGCACCUCAUCACGCUGCUGAUUAAGAUGCUGUUCUGUAACCAAAAGAGACGCUCCUCCACGGACAAGAUGGCUGCCUCUGUCUACUCUGUCAGGUUUCUGUUUUCGGAAUGCACCCGACUGACAAGUGUGGGAGGAGAGAAGUCCCUGGCGGCCAUGAUAGCAACUCUGUGUGAGGCUGUAGAGAACGAGUAUGGUAUCCUGGUGGCCCGACUUUUCCGUGUCUUCAAACCUCGGACUGAUCCUUCCAAGGGCAGGUUCAAGUCCAUCUGUUGUAUCCCAAACUUCAUCUUUGUCAUCAUCUUCCUGCUGGUGGUGGCAGUGGGUAUAGCAAUGAUUGUUGUCUACAAGAUCUCCAACAACACAGCUGUCAAUGCUGUUCUCAUUUCGAUUGUGUCAAUCAUUGGGCUCACCCUCAUCAGCAACAUCUACACCAUUGCCCAGGCUACGAUGGCCCUGCUCAUCUCCCAGAAGAAGCGGGUCCUCAAAGCAGCUGAUAAUCUGGAGAUACUGAAGAUGGACGGCUUCAUGCAGCAGCUGAAGCUGGAGGUGGACCUGAUGUCUCGCAUGGUCAACUGCAUGGACAACUUUACCAAGCGGCAGACCCGUCUGGUGGUCAUUGUUGAUGGUCUGGACAGCUGUGAGCAGGAUAAGGUUCUACAGGUCCUCGACAUUGUCAAAGCGCUGUUCUCUGAUGACAAUGCUCCGUUCAUCACCAUCCUGGCUGUGGAUCCACAUAUCAUCAUCAAGGGCAUUGAGCAGAAUCUGAGGUCAACGUUCCUGGACACCAACGUCAAUGGGUUUGAUUACCUGCGGAAUGUGGUACACCUGCCGUUUUACCUUCAGAGUCAGGGUGUGAGAGUUCAGAGACAGGAAUCAGUUGGGCCAAGUAGUUCUUCUCAAGAGAAUCAAGCAGAGUCACCAGGCAAACUGUACAAGCACCAGGAGUCCAUUUUGUCCACAUCAAGUGAGUCUUCCAAGUAUCCCAGGAAGAGAAGCAAAUCUGCCAAGUUCGGGAGUCUGACCGGGUCCCAAGGAGGGGUCAACACGUCAUCCUUCGACCUUUCCUCUCAGGUGGUGAAGAAUGACUACUUCAGCGACAUCAAUCCUCGAAGUAUGAGGAGACUGAUGAACAUAGUUGCUGUCACAGCGCGACUCCUGCGGGCAUACAACAUCGACUUCAACUGGCAUCGUCUGAUGGCAUGGAUCAACAUCAUUGAACAGUGGCCAUACCGUGUCUCCUGGAUCAUCUACUACUUCGAGGAGAGCGACUGUCUCGACAGAUCCCAGUCCCUGCACUCUGUCUACCAGAAAAUUGCACCAAGAGUUCCUGCUUCAAAGGAUAUUGAUCCUCUCGUAGAGAUAGACAGAAAUGUUCGCAAGCUGGAAGCGUUUUUAGCCAGCAAGUCGGGAAACACACCCCUUCUUAACGUUGGUGACCUGAGGAAGUUUCUCCCCUGUACAAUCAACCUUGACCCUUACCUUCGAAAACUCAUUAGAGAGAUGCAACACAAUGCCGACAUGCAGAGGACAGAGUUCGGUCUGGGUCCUGUGUAUCCCCCUGCUUCAUCUGCUCCCUUGCUGGGAGUGCGAGAUAGCGACUCCACUCUGCCCACCAGAGGGAGCUUUCUUGGUCUACAGCAGAGAGUUCCGUCUGCUACCUCCUUCACUGGUAUGAUGCCUGGUCACAUGAUGCAGUAUGGACCAAUGGGGAUGCAGGGUAUGAUGCCGAUGCAGUAUAUGGCCCAUCCAAGUCAGAUGAAUCAAGGCAUGGUGAACCCUCCAGCGCAGAACUCAAGAUCACAGCCACAGGUCUUCUUUCAUGACCUUCCAAAAGAUGUUUGUUUGAGUCACCUUGACGUAGACUCUGUGUGCAACCUGCUCCAUAAGCUGCAAGGGGUCAACCAGCAGAUGCUUCCGAUAUACAUCGACAGUAUCCGCGACAACAACAUCAGUGGUCUAGUUCUUGCCAACUGUGAUAUGGAUGAGUUGGGCAAAGUCAUGGGCAUGAAGUUUGGAGACUGGCAGCUUUUCAAAGUGGCCAUCUUGUCUUUGAUAGAUUCAGAAGCAUCAGUAGCUUCUAGCAACACCAGCAACGAUGUCCGUGGAGUAGACAGCAGUUCUUUAAACAGCAAGUACACGGGCAGGAGAGAGUCAGCACCAAACCUUGGGGAUUCCAGUAAAAAGUUUGCAGCAUCUAGUAGAAGCAGAGAUAGCUCCACAUCAAUGCCAGAUCGUAACGCUCACUCAGAGGCAGAAAUCAUGCGUAGGGGACGCUUCAAACGUACAGACAGUAUUGUACAGCAACUGAGCUAUGAGACAGCCAUGUUGAGAGAAGCUUUGGAAGAAUUUACAGAGGAGACAUCAGAUGUUGAAGAGAUGGACCAGAGAAAUGAGGGGGAAGAUUGUCCAAUUCAGUACAACAGAUCCAUGUCUGAGGAAUCUGCUGGUUACAGUAUAGACAACUCCAGGAGAGACACCUCCCAGACUUUCACUGCUACAAUAGAGACUCCAUCUUCCAUUGACAGAUCUGUAGAGGGAGCCAUGGGUGGUGAGAGGUUGUAUCCAGUGACUGACAAAAAAGAUGAUGUCCACCAACCUAACCAUGAGCACGAACAUGUACAUACACUGUCUUCCAGCUUGGAGAAGCUUGCAAAACCAUUCAUUCAAGUUUUGGAACAUCCUAUGGGCUACAGUACCGAAACUGACAGGGUCCCUCUCAUACCCAUACCUACAGAUAAUGAUAUUGAAGGAGCAACAGCUUGGUCAUCGUCGGUUGAAGGAGGUCCUCCACUCGAGAGCCAUCUCUUACAAAGUGAUACCUCAAAGCACAAAUCAAAGUCUGAUUCUGAUCAUGAAGAAUCUACCCUGUCAGAGCCCCGCGUUGCCACUUUCUGCAUCGAAUCUGAGGAUUCCUCAGACAACACCAUGGGAAGUCCGACAGCCCCAUCCCGUCGCCCAGAACACAGGAAACGGUCGUUUGAGGACAGUGUUAUUCAGUAUUUCCGUACUUCACCACCAGCAUCAGAACAAGUCAAAACAAAGAAGAGUUUGGAGUCCCUCCCAUCUGAAGUACCUGUGGAGAUGUCUCCUGGAUCUUGUAUUGUUAAAAGUGUCUCUCAUCCUGACAGAAUUAAGCCUGACGAGGACAAAGAAUCCUUUGUGUGAGAACAGCUGUAGGAAAGGUUCCUAUGGCAACUUCCAAUAUCAUGAUUAUCUCCUGAAACAUGACUUGUGUAUCUUUAAUGGAUUCAGUGCCUUCAUGGUUCUGUAGGAUCUGUAUUGUGUAUUCUGUUUGAACAUUAACCAGAUGUUUACUUCUAUCCUAGAUCUUAUUAUGUUAGUGCUUACAAUUCUUUUGAGUUCAAGUCUCAGUGUUUUUGCCUUACACAGGAUUUGCUUGAAAUUUAGUUAAAUUGUUACAAAUUGCAAAUAUCUUGAGUAUACAUUUAUCAACAAGUCUUUAUGUAUUUAAGCUUGGAAGACACAUGGAUGAGAUUCUAAGAUCAUCUAAAAUCUUUCUUCCGACAUUUCAGUUUGUAAACAGCAAUGAACAGUGUCUAUAGUAUAAACAGUACCUCUAACCAGGUCCAGUAUGUCAUUCAGUGAAAAUUCUUUCAUUGUAAUGUCAUGGUAACUGAUUAUGCUGAUGAUGUCCUAACAGUCUGCAAAUGAUUGUGAUGCAAUUUCAUUGUAUUGCUUGAUCUCAUCAAUAUAAUGUCUCCUGUGGAAGUCUGAAAUAUUCUGCUGUAAAAUAUAUUUUUCAAAUUUGUUUUUUCAUAAAAUUACUUGCUGUGUUUA